UUUUAUACAAAAAAAAAGUCUGAACUUUGUUUCUGGCAAUAAAAAUAUAAAUAAAAUAUUAUGAUAAGAUUAUUUAUUUUUCUGUUUUAUAAAUUAAGUAAUUAAAUUAUUUAUAAAAAACAAAAUGGCUUCUGGUAUAUUGAGAACUCCUAGAAUAAUAAAUGUACAGCCAACAAAAAAACACACUGCCAGUUUAUUUAUUUUCCAUGGCUCUGGAAGUACUGGGAAGGAUAUGAAGGAGUGGAUAGACAUAUUGACUAGGGACGAAUUUAAAUUUCCUCAUAUUAAAAUUAUUUACCCAACCGCACCAGCUGCACCUUACACACCAUUAGGGGGAAUGCUGAGUAAUGUCUGGUUCGAUCGUAAUCAAGUGAAUAUUAAAGCGCCCGAAAAUAAAGAAUCAAUUGAUGCGAUAGCUAAAGCAACAUCAGAACUGAUAAAUGAUGAAAUAAAAAACGGUAUCCCGGAGAGCAGGAUUGUCGUGAGCGGAUUUUCGAUGGGUGGUGCCUUGGCGAUGUACAUGGCGUAUAAUUACCGACCAUCGCUGGCUGGUUGUGUUGCUAUGUCAUCAUUUCUUAAUGAAAAUUCACUAGUCUACGAGGCUUUGAAAAAUAAUAUCAAAACACCUCCGCUGUUACAAUUUCAUGGACAGGAUGAUUCACUUGUGCCUUUUUCAUGGGGAGAAAAAACUCAUAAUAAUUUAAAAAAAUUAAAUGUCAAUUGUAAAUUAAUACCAGUACCUAAUAUUGAACACGAAAUAGUUAAGUCUGAAAUAGAACAAUUUAAAGAAUGGAUUUUAAAAAUUAUUCCUGAUGUAUAAUUUGUGAUUAAUUUUUUUCAAAUAUUUUUAUUAUUAAAAUUAGUAAUAAAUAUUUUUUAAUUAUUUUACAA